GGUUUCAAUUUGUCUGCAGAGAAAAAUGGCAACACAGCCUCAGUCCUUUUUGUUCCCUUCUUAAACUUCGUUCUUUGGAUCUGUCACUUGGAUGAGAGCUCUGAUAGAUGCAAGGGGAACCCAAUCUUUCAGCUUCAGAGAGAGCCAACAGUAGUAAAGAGGUAAUGGGAAAUGUCUGCCCCCAGCCUGCAACCCGGGAAAAUCAGAAGGGAAAAAUGAAGAGUGCUGUAGUUGCCGCUGAAGCCAAAUCAUACGAAGGAAUCACUAAACCAAAGAGUGGCUCUUCAUCCAAUGACAAUGGCAACGGGAUUGCACAGGAUAAGAGCAAAUCGGUAUCAAAACCGGCCAUAAAGUUUUGGAACAAACGGUCAACCUUGGGAAAAGUCAGCAAGGGCAGGGAAAUUUCAAUACUGGCAUUUGAAGUAGCCAACACAAUUGUUAAAGCUGCGAACUUCCUACAGUCUCUUUCUGGUAGACAACUCCAGCUUUUGAAGGAGGUCUUCACUUCAGAAGGAGUACAGAAUUUGGUUUCCACUGACAUGCAAGAGUUGCUGACCAUUGCAGCUGCUGACAAAAGGGAGGACCUUGAAGUCUUCUUGAGAGAGGUCAUCAGGUUUGGAAAUCAAUGUAAAGACCCCAAGUGGCACAAAUUAUCUUUUUCAAAACUGGAUUUGGAUAAUUCAAGAUGCAAGCUUUCUGGAGAAGAAGCGGAAACAUCAUUGCAACAAUUGAGUUCUUUGGCACAGCAAACAAUGGAGUUAUACCAGGAGUUAGAAGCUCUGGACAGAUUCGAACGAGAUUAUCGGAGAAUGGUUAAAGAAGAAGAGUCCUACAAUCUUCCUUUGAGAGGAAAAGAUCUCAUGAGCUUGGAAAGUAAACUCAAACAUCAAAGGAAAUUUGUAGAGGGCCUGAAGAAAAAAUCUCUCUGGUCAAUGACAAUGGAGGAGAUCAUGGCAAAGUUGGUCAACAUUGUAGUAUUCAUGCAUCAAAGAAUGAUAAAGGUUUUUGGAGACAAUGGUAGGACGAGCUUCAGCAAAGAGUACACGACAAAUAAUGGAGAUUCCCGAAGAUUGGGGAAAGCUAGUCUUGCCCUACACUACGCUGACAUUGUCCAGCAGAUAGAUGAGAUUGCAACUCACCCAGCGUCUUUUUAUCCAAAAGAUAGGAGUAGGCUAUAUCACGCAUUGCCAAAAGCUGUUAAAACAGCACUUCCAUCUCGUGUGCAGAGUAUUGAUACCAAGGAUCAGUUGCCGAUUCCGCAUGCAAGGGCUGAAUUGAACAAGAUUUUAAAAUGGCUUGUCCCCCUAGCAACAAAUACAAUGAAAGCUAAUGAACGAUUUGGGCGGGUUGGAGAGUGGGCAAAGACUAGUAAAGAGGCCUCUGAGAACACAUCUACAAGAAACGGCAUGAUUCGCCUCCAGACACUGUAUCAUGCAGAUAAGGAAAAAACAGAGCUAUACAUCCUUGAAUUGACCUUUUGGCUACACCGUCUGGUCACCAUGGUGGAGCAGAGAUACCAUGCUUCCAACCCUGUGUUUAUUCGAUCUCCCAUUUACCAGAGGAGGAAUUUUCACCCCAAAGUCCAGCCUCCAAUAUCUCCGGGAAGUAGCACAGGAACACCAAGUUCCUGGACUGAACUAUCUCGACAAGGUAAAGAUCAUUCAGAAGAGGUAUUUCAAAGGAGACCGACAUAUGAAGGAACAAGAAAACGGUUCUGUGAGCCAGGAUGUUCUCAGUGGAAUGAACCGAUUGAGUUUGAGAAACACUGAAUUACCGUAAUAUAUGGUCACCACUGCUUUGUACAUAGCUCAAAGCAAGAAAGUAUUUUACCUUGAAUACACAAACUUUUCCUAAGUUCUUCAAUCGGUUCACCAAUCAGCACGUGAUUGAGAAUCAUUUUUGCUUGUGAGAAUGUACAAGGUGUUAAAGGCACUGGUGCUCAAGGAUGCAUUAGGAUUUUGUUCAACUUCAUCCUCAGCCGACUCAUUUCUUGUACCAUGGCCAAACUGCCAGUAGUGUAAAUUAACUCUCUUAAACUUGCUUCCUGAAUAAUUUGUCCAAUU